AUGCCGGACGAAUCUGCUCAGCUGAACCCGCUUUCGUGCAAAAGAUGCAAGCAUCGGAAAGUCCGCUGCAGUCGUUUGAUGCCCACUUGCGAACGAUGCAGGGCACACAACACAGAAUGCGUCUACCCCCAACGGGUCAAGAGAAAGGUAACUCGUACCUUGACGGAUCGACUAUCCCUCGACGCCUCCAGCACCACGGAUGGCGCACUGUCGACCAUCCUUGAGAGGCUGCAGCGCGUUGAACAGCACUGCACGACCAUCUCGGCCCCGAGCCGGAAUCUCAGAUUGUCCGAGGAUCGGGCUCCGGACGAAACCCCCGCUCCUCCUCCUCCUCCUCCUCCUCUUGUCCCGCCUCCUCCCCGGCAGGCGUCCAUCUCUAGCAGCAUACCCAACAGCAUUCACAACAGCGUACCCUCCAACUUCCCCUCCCCUGCUGCUUCGAGCGCCGCCGGCGGUCAGGCGACGUCGUCUCCGUGGACGUCCCUCGCCACGCCGUGUGCCGCGCCGGAGCUCGACGUGGCGUCCAUCCUCAAAGACGCCGUCGAUCAGGUGCAGAGACUACAGCUCCAGGCCAUUUCCGCGGCCGUCAUCACCCAAGAUGUCAGGAUUCCGCCCGAGUUGGCCAAGACAUGGAUCAAGAAUUACUUCACCCACAUGCACAUCGACAUGUUCCUCAGCCUCGUGAACCCAAAACUCAUCGAGAUGAUCCCCGACCUGCUCGAGAUGCCCCACGUCCACCUCGAGCCGGCCAUCCUCGUCGUCUACUACGGCAUCCUCUACCACGGCUGUGCGCUGGGGUCGACGUCGGAGGAGAUGGAGGAGGGCCAUAAUUACUGCCAGAUGCUGUACGUCUGCUGCCUCCGCAGCCUGCCACUGUGGCAGCGGGAAGCGACGGGCACGACGACCGAUCUCAUCGCCGCGCUCUUCAUGUGCCGUACCGCAGCCGAGUGCUUCGACGAGGAGCUCUCCUGGAAGAUGUACACGUACUCCUGCGAGUAUGCCCAGACCCUCAACCUGCACAACCUCGACGCCCACGGCUCCGGCUCCGGCUCCGGCUCUCUGGAAGUUGACGAGGCCAAGCUCGACGCCGACAGAAAGGGCUUUUGGGAACUGAUCCAGAUCGACUUCUUCUACCGGUUGCUCUUCAACCGACCGCCCGCCAUCACCGACAGCAUGAGCACGUGGAAGGUCAACCUGCCCUGGCUGUCGGGCAGUACACCGACGGACCUCAACGCCGUGCCGGCCGUGACCUUCAUCAUGAGCUCGCGGCUCACGUUCAUCCUGUCGCAGUUCUACCGGGAGCUGGAGAAUCCCUACUCGGACGAGGCCACGGUCCGACUCAAGACGGAGGAGUACUGUCGUGAUAUAGGCAGGCUGUUUGCGGAAUAUCAACUUGACGACUGGAUCCAGCGGGCUUUCGCGAGCGGCGCCAGGGUCGACAGCUGGGUGCUCGGCGACGUCGCCCUGACGGGCUACACCUACAUCAUCUUCAUGCUGCGCAAACUGGCCGUCCUGCGCUCCAGCUCGCCGCGGCCCGUGUCGUGCGACGCCGACGUGCCGGACUCCCCACUGGCCGUCGACGCGUCCCGGGGCAUCCUGCGCCUCAUGAGCUCGGCCAUGGAGCACAAUCCGUACCCGGAGUCCAUGUGCGUGCUCAUGGGCAUGUACCGCGCCUACGUGCCGUGCGCGUGCCUCUUCGCCAGCGUGCUGCGGUCCGCCGACGUGCGCGACCGCGCCGAGGACGUCGGGCUGCUGGAGAAGCUGGUGGGGUCGAUGGAGAGGGCUUCGCGGGGCGAGAGGGAGUUUGCGCCCUUGCUGAAGGCGGUCCGGAGUCUCGGGAUGGAGGUGAACAGGAGGAUGGAGGAGGUCUCCUUGACGCCGAUGGCCUGA